AUGAGUCAUCCGGCGGUGCACCCGGUGGAAGCGCCGCCGCCACUAACGACUGAAAACGCAGCAGUGGCGGCGCCGAGAGUGAGAAUGAAGGAUCUUCAAGGAAUGGCGGGGACACCAGGUGGGCUUGUGUUGCGUCUUUUUCAAUCUUUCUUCGCCAUUGGAGCUUUUCUUGUCAUGUCUACCACCAGCGAUUUCCCCUCCGUCACUGCUUUUCGCUUUCUUGUUGCCGCUUCUGGCUUGCAGAUCUUAUGGAGCCUUUCACUAGCAAUGCUUGAUAUCUAUGCUAUCUUAGUCAAACGUAAUUUUUGUAAUUGUCGAGCUGUUAGCUUGUUUGCUGCUGGUGAUGUGAUCACUUCUACUCUCAUAUUUUCUGCGGCCUGUGCGUCUGCGGGUAUCACUGUUCUCAUUGGCAAUGAUCUGCAGAGUUGUUCAAAGAACCACUGUGCUCAAUUUGAAACUUCAACAGGCAUGGCUUUCAUGACUUGGUUUGCUGCUUUACCUUCUUUUCUACUGAAUUUCUGGUCUUUGGCCUCUCGAUGACAAAAAUUCAGUCCGAUGCACUGGCAGUCCAUUUAUGCUUGGAUCAUAUGUGUAUAAUAGCUCUAAUGUAUAUUGUGUUUGAAUUUGCAAUUCUAAAAGGAUACAGUUUUGUGGCUUUUUGGUUUAGUUUCCCUGCAAGUUGGAGGUAAUCAGUGGUCUUGUGCUGGUUGUGAAGUUGUAGUGCCUUUAAUGCCUCUAGUGUCGAUGCUAUGGAAGAUAAUGCCUUUCUGUUGUGAAAUGAGUUUCUUUAAUGUCACUUGUGUUUUGUGAAGGCUUACACAGACCAAAUCCGUGCUAUACGGAAAAAUCCCAAUUUUGUUUGAA